AUGCACCUCCGCCGCGGCAGGGGGCGCCGUUUGACCGAGCGAGUUUUAUGGGCGUGGCACAAGGGGGCGUGGCCACAGCUAAGCGUGGCAGAAGAGAGGCUGAGGCGAGGUUCCACUGCUCCAGGACUUAAGAUGUCUUUGAUCAGGCGCCAUUUAGGACGUGGAAGACUUUCAGUAGCUAGAAGCAGUAAGCCAUCUAAACCUUUUCUGCCAACUUCUCAUUCUCCCCACGAGGGCUACUUAAAGGAGUGUGAAGACAGGCUAAGUACUGAAGAAUUAUGGGGGAAUGUGGUUGAUUAUUCAAAAAGGAAUGAAGAUAACCAUGAGCAAUGCCAGUACUUUCAGCUCGAUCUCACCAAUGGCCGGGAUGCUCAGAGAGAGGCGCUUUUCCAGCACUUCUACAGAGUGCUCCAGAAAGCACAAGACCGAGAGAAACCUUCGGAUUGCGUUAUUGUCUCUAUAGACACAAACCAGAGGGAUUAUGCGACAGCCAUAGGCUGCCGCCUGCGGGAUCGUGGUCUUGUAGUGGAAAUAAUUCACCUUGCCUCAGAAUCGGACUUCACUCGCGCACUGCAGGAUGUUAAAGAUGAUGGUUCCCCCUUUUGUGUUCUCGUGGAGCAGUCUAAUGUGAAAUAUUCCUCUUGUACUGUAAUCAUGCUUCAUGAAUCCAUCAAAAUACAUCGACAUAUGCCGCUGGAGGAUGCCCUGCUCCUAGUGGCUAGAGAAUUGAAGAGAUUUUGCGCUGGACAAAGCACUGGGAUUUCUCAGAGGGCCUCUGAGCUGGUGGAUGACUUCCUGGCCCGUGAGCACCUGGCCAGUUACUCUCCACCAGCCAGCAUCUGUUACCUUCUUUUCCUGUUGAGUGAGGGGAAGCAUCUGUACAGUGACGAGCUGGGCCUGCUCAUGGACUACCUAACAACCAGGAAAGAGCAGCUGCAAGAAUGCGAGGCUCCGGAUUCAUCCGCCAGCAGCAUGCCUGCCUCCUUUCAGGGCAAGAUCACCCCCGUUGUGAGCAAGCCUCCUCCUCUGCUGCCAGUCUCUGGCCCCCGGCCCUUACUUGAUAUUCCUCCUCCCCGCUCUAUCAAGCCCCUCAUUGGAGACAGGCAGGAAGUUGUCCCCCUCCCAGCACCAGGACUGGGCAACCCCAAAGGUCUGUUUCCCACCUCCUUGCGUCAGUUCUUUUUAAGUCAGUGCCACCAAAACGGGCACUCCAACCCAUGUCCUUACGGAACUAAGGGUGUGCUGAGAAGUCUGAAGAACAGGGUAGCUGGUUGUGGCCCAGAUGGCAGCUUUACGUCUUCCAAGAGUCAAGGUUCCCGCUUGACUGCAGCUCUGCUGUGCAAGCCCUGA